AUGUUCAUCGCACUCGUCGGCACACCCUCGUCCGGCAAGCACGCCGUGCUGGACUACCUCGUCCAGCGACACGGAUUCACGCGACUUGACCUGGCCCCGAAUGCCGUGGCCGUCUCGGAAGGCGAGCCAGAGCGCGGCGUCUCGCUCGGCGUGGAUGAAUGGGUGCCUAUGCUCGAUGCCGCUACGCGCGCCUGGCGCGCGCGGCACGUCACGACCUCCCUUCGCACUUGGGAAGACAUUGAGCCGUGGCUGAAGCGGCCUUGGUUCCUCCUUGUGGGCGUGGACGGCCCACUUCGCGCCCGCUUCGAGCGGGAGCGGCGGCGACGACCAGCACUCACACUCGACGCCUUCGUGGAUGAGCACGACGCCUUUCUUCACGGAUCGGCGGGCAGUGCGACUUCCACCGGAACCGGACAGCAGAGCGACCUCGCGCGCGUGCUCACCGCCGCCGCACUGCGUAUUUCCAAUGGCUUCUCUGAUCUCGACGGACUCUACCGUCACCUUGACACGGUGAACUUGCUGAACGAGGAGCGGCUCCGGCCGGGCUGGGAUCUCUAUUUCAUGACCCUCGCGUCCCUCGCAUCUCACCGGUCCAACUGCAUGAAGCGGCGCGUUGGUGCCAUCCUCGUGCGCGGCAAGCGCAUCAUCUCGACGGGGUACAACGGCACGCCGCGCGGCGCGAGAAACUGUAAUGAGGGAGGCUGCGCGCGCUGCAACGGUCCCGCGAAGGGAGGCGAGAACCUCGGCGCCUGCUUCUGCCUUCACGCCGAGGAGAACGCGCUUUUGGAAGCGGGGCGGGAGCGCAUUGGCCCCGACUCGGUCAUCUACUGCAACACCUGCCCCUGCCUUUUGUGCAGCGUCAAAAUCGUGCAGUGCGGUGUGCGCGAGGUCGUGUACAACCAGAGCUAUAGCAUGGACACGGCCAGCGCGGCUCUCCUAGCGGAGGGAGGCGUAAUUCUGCGGCAAAUGAACAUGCCGGACGACCAUGUAUAA